AUGGCGAUAGCGACAGCUCUCGUGCGACCUCUGGUCCCACGCUCCCCUCUUCUCAGGAGCUCAUAUCUGUCGUGGUCCUCGACAUCAGCGCAGCGUCCGGCCUCCAGCGCAGUGCGGCCGCCGAGCCCCAAGCGCCAGGCCCGCAAGCCCAAGCCCAUCAAAAGAUUCGUACCCGACGAGGUCAAGAAAUUCGUCAAGCCCGACGGCAAGCUCCUGACCACGCCCCAAAACCGAGACUUCCUCCUCCAACACGGCCUCGAGCCCGACAAUGGCCGCAUGACGCUCCUCCACGGAGGCCCCGAGCUGUCCAGGGCAGCUUCGGAUUUCAGCGCCAUGCUGGCCUACAGUCCGCGUCACAUCAUCCACCCGUUCGACCUGCGCUAUUUCGAGCCUCGCGGUCACCCUCUGGCGCCAAUGAAGCGGGCCAAGUAUGCUCACAAAACACGACACGAGCCAAUGUGGAUCAUGGUCAGCUGUGCCGGAAACGCGUCCGCCGUAGUGCGCACGCUUACCCGCCGCCGACUGACGCGGUGCAUAUAUGAAGCUCUCCACGGGCUUGGAUAUCGGGCCGGGUCUCGAAACGGCGAGGUCAGCAAAGUCUGGGGAACUCUUUGGGUCGUGGUACAUGACCCCGUCAAGGCGGCAACGCAGUCGCCGGAGCGGUUCGGUCGUGUUGUAGCUGAUGCCCUGGUCAAAAACUGCAGGACAUGA